AUGGCAUCUUGGAAUUUCCUUCUGGGGUUUCUGCUGUAUCACACUCUCCAGGCAGCCUUGGCACAGCGGCCUUCACAGCCUGAGAACUGCUCUGGCCAAAGCCAGAAAAUCUCCCUCAGCCACUCCUACAAGAUCGAUGUCCCUAAGUCCUCUCAAAUCAAGGUGGAGCCAGACCCUCUGCCUCUCCAAGAUGACAGCCACACUUUGCUGGUUGGCGGCGAAACAGAUGAAGAGCAAAAUAUCAUAUUCAGGCACAACAUUCGGCUGCAGACACCCAAAGGGGACUGUGAAGUCUUAAGCCAGCUCAAGACCUUGUUGGAAAGGAUGGAGAAGAUGGAGAUAGAAGUGGUACAUCUGAGGGAGGCCUGUAGUCCUCAGAGAUGCUGUGGGAAAAGCCAAGGUGUUUCUUCCUGUAGCGGCCGCGGCACUUUCAUCCAAGAGCUUUGUAGCUGCCGAUGCGAUGAAGGCUGGGAAGGCGAGGACUGUUCCCGCGCUACCUGCCCAGGGAACUGCAGUGACAAUGGUCGCUGUGUUGGGGGCUACUGCAUCUGCAAUGCACCGUAUGCUGGUGAAGACUGCAGCCAGCUCCUGUGCCCUGGGAACUGCAAUGCAAACGGGGUCUGUAUCGAUGGGGUCUGCCAGUGCUACAAGGAAUACAUGGGGGAAGACUGCUCCGAGAAGAGGUGCCCCAAUGACUGCAGUGGCAACGGAUACUGUGACAGUGGCGAGUGCUACUGUGAGGAUGGCUUCAUUGGGCUUGACUGCUCCAAAGUGAUCGCCCCUUGGAAUGCACGGCUCCUUAAGUCCUCAGAGGAUUCUCUGACCAUUGGCUGGGAUAAGAUUACGGAUGUGGAUUAUUACCUCAUCAACUACUUUCCUGUUGGGCAGGAGGCAUCCUUGAAGCAAGUGCGAGUGCCCAAAGAUCAGCUUAGCUAUGAAAUUUUAAACCUUCUUUCUGGCACAAAGUAUGUAAUUACAAUUCACCACGUGAAGAAGGGGGUUUCCAGUGACCCGGGCCUUUUGCAAGCCAGCACAGAUGUGGCCACCAUUAAUGCUAUUUGGGUGACGGAAACGACAGAGAAUUCGCUGGAAGUAGAGUGGGAGAAUCCUGCGACGGAGGUGGAUUAUUACAAGCUGCGGGUCAGUUCAGUACAUGGACUAGGGGAGGAGAAGGAGGUGCUGGUUCCCAAAAGCAGGGACCCCAAGAGCAGGUACAUCAUCACAGGCCUGAUACCAGGAACACAGUACAAGAUCACAGUCAUAUCCGUGAAGAAUGAGAUUGAAGGGAAACCAUCAUCGGUUAAUGGCUGGACAGAAAUUGACAUCCCCAAAAAUCUAACGACCAAGCGAGUAACAGAGGAUACAGCUACGAUCUCCUGGGACAAGGUCCAAGCUCUUAUAGAUAGAUACUCAGCACGAUGUACCUCUGCAGACGGAGACACCCAAGAUGUAUCUAUAGGCAGAGACAAGAGCAGUACCACCCUGACGGGUCUGAGUCCAGGCAAGGAGUAUGUCAUCUAUGUCUGGGCUGAGAAUGGGAAACAGCAGAGCCAGAGGGCAAAGACUAAAGUUGUGACAGAAAUUGAUGGCCCGACUGAUCUGGUUACCAACCAGGUAACAGAAGACACAGCCACCAUAUUUUGGCGUGGGGCCCAGGCUCCCAUAGAGAGAUAUGUCAUGGCCUAUACUUCAGCUGAUGGGGACACCAAGGAGAUGUCUGUUGGGAAGGACAAGACAACCACUACCUUAAUGGGACUGAAGCCGGGCAUGGAAUACACCAUCUACAUCUGGGCUGUGAAGGGAGCCCAGCAAAGCCGGAAGGCGAGCAGUAAAGCUCUAACAGAAAUUGAUAGCCCUACGAACCUGAUGACAGACCAAACAACUGAGAACUCAGCCACCAUCUCCUGGAAGAAGCCCUUGGCCGCCAUAGACCGAUACAUACUGAGCUAUACCUCUGCUGACGGGGAAACCAAAGAGAUCGCAAUUGGGAAGGAUAAGACCAGCACCACCUUGACUGGGCUGAAGCCGGGCAUGGAGUAUGUCAUCUACAUCUGGGCCUUGAAGGGAACCAAGUCGAGCAAGAGGACAAGCACAAAAGCUGUGACGGAAAUUGACCCUCCAAAGAAUGUCCGCGUAUCAGAUGUAACGCAAUCUAGUGCAGUGGUGACAUGGAUGCCGCCUGAUGCUCAGAUUAAUGGAUAUCUCCUCACUUAUCAAGAGCCAGAUGGAACCAUCAGGGAAGUCCGACUAGGUCCCAAUGAACGAAAGUUUGUGUUAGAAGGCCUUAGUCGGGGCACUAAAUAUACCAUCUAUAUCAUGGCCUUUAAGGGAGACCGCUGGAGCAGAAAAGCAGCCAUUACCUUUUCCACAGUCAGUUUACUCUAUCCCUACCCUGCCGACUGCAGCCAGACCCAGCAAAAUGGGCAUUCCACAAAUGGCAUCUACACCAUCUAUCUCAACGGUGACCUCAACAGGCCCUUCCAAGUAUACUGCGACAUGACCACUGAUGGCGGUGGAUGGAUAGUGUUUCAGCGGCGAAACACGGGGCAGCUGGAUUUCUUUAAACGCUGGAGGAACUAUGCCGAAGGCUUUGGAGAUCCUAGAGGGGAAUUUUGGCUUGGCCUGGAAAACCUUCAUGAACUUACUGGCACUGCUCCUGUUCCAUUUGAGCUGAGGGUGGAUUUGCAAACCCACAACGAUUCUGCCUAUGCCAAAUAUGACCUCUUCCGGGUGGGCUCGAGCAGGGAGAGGUACAGGCUCUCCAUAGGAAACUAUGGAGGCACUGCUGGGGAUGCUAUGACUUACCACAAUGAGAGGAAAUUUACCACUUGGGACCGAGACAAUGACAUUGCCAUCAGCAACUGUGCAAUCUCACACCACGGGGGCUGGUGGUACAAGAACUGCCAUUUGGCAAACCUCAAUGGUAAAUAUGGAGACGACAAUCACAGCGAGGGAGUUAACUGGGAGCCGUGGAAAGGCCAUUUAUACUCCAUCCCUCGCACUGAGAUGAAGAUACGUCCACGGUCACAAUAGCUUUGAUCCAUCCUGGGCCAGAGGAGGAGAUCUCUGGCAGAGAAGAGGAAGGAGAUGAGCGUUGAGAUUUGUUUUCUGCAAAUGCUGUGCUUGUGAAUCCAAGCCCAGGAACCCAUUAGCAUGUAACAGGUGCAUUUAUAACCACAAGCAACUGGCUUACGUCCUCCUCCAAGAAACCUUCCCAUUUAAUUAGGUGGGAUCACAAUGUGACUUGACCGACAUUUCAGAGAAGAGGCUGGUGGAAAACUAAGGGCCAGUUCAUAUAUUACUGUGUUAUCGAAGCUCCCAUUUGUCUUUUGUUCUGCCAGCUGCCUCCAGCAUCGGUGGCUGGAGAGCCCCAUUCCACUCCUUAAUCUAUGCCAGGCUUUUAACAAGGAGCGAGACCUUUGCUGUCCGUGUUGUCCUCGCUGCAGAACUUUGCUUUUCCUUGCCAGAGAAAACAACGAAUCAGCCACUGUGGCUCUUUCUCUUCCUUACUUUCCCAGGCAGCAGUGUUAAACUCCUUUCCUUUGGCUCUGGUAGCAGGCGUCGAAGGCUUCCUUCCUCCUCUCUGGGAGCCUGCAGCUAGGUGAGGGCAGGAAGAACGCUCUCAAGGGAUGGAUGACAGACUUCUAACUCUCUUCAUUGGCAGUACUUGACAAAGGCCUCUUUGGUCGGCUGUGUUCAGGUUUGCUGUGCUCAGCUUCGCAAAACCCAAGGCACUAAUUCAACAUGCCUAUU